AUGGCCUAUUAUCCACCCAUUGUGCGAACCAUCCAUCAAAGUCAGGCUCACCACGAAUUCUCAAGCAAUUUAAAUUUGGAUUAUGACGAAGAAGCAAUAAAUAUAAACAAUAUCGUUUAUAACAUAAAAGAUCAUUUAACAACGGAAAAAAAAUAUAUUUUUGAUGAUAGCUUGGAGAAGGAACGGAAGAGCUUUGAUCCAACUUUUGAAAUCAACAAUAUCAUAGAUAUAGAUUAUGAUAAUGAGGACAAUUCUACAGAUUAUCCUAUAAUUGAUUAUAUAGACUUGUACAAAGAUACAACAAAUGAAUAUGUAACAUCAACAGAAUCACACGUUGUAAAUACAAUUUCUCACGAAGCGACCUUAAUAGAUAAUUCUAAUGAAACAAAAACUUACUACAACGACUCGUGUCCUCUUGGAACAACUGAUGACGUCACAAGCGUGUUCAGCUGGAUUGCCGCUAUAUUUGUAAAGAAUGGGACCAAUCAGUUCCAAUAUGACUGCGACGGCGCUCUUUUAUCCACCAAUAUUAUUGUAACAGCUGCACGCUGUGUGAAUUUAACGCGAGCUGAAGACAUCGUUGUAAUAUUGGGCAAGGCAUCUCUACAAAAUAUGAAAGAAAAUGAGAAAAUUUUAAAAAUAUCAGAAGUUAUAGUACACGAAAAUUAUACCAGCUCAACGAAUGACAUCGCGGUAUUGAAGACAGAAGAAGUAGUAGACACAACCGAGACAAUAUUAUUCGCUUGUCUGAGUGAUGGACAGGAGUUCACUGAUGCUGCCACGACAGGUUGGGCGGUUUCUGGAGAAUUAACGGCCAUACAUUUUGACAAAGACAAGAGUCAACAGUGCUCGGCGGAAGACGUUUGUGCUGUCUACGGGAAUGAUAUCACAGUAUGUCCCAGUUUUGGCGGUGUGUACGCAGUGAAGCAAGGUGGCUGGUACCUUCACGGUAUUCGCACAGAGAUCGAACCCUUCCACCAGAGCCUGUGUCUCAACAAACCUCUUCAUUAUACACCACUCAACCUAUAUACAGACUGGAUUUAUAAUCUUUAAGAAAAUAUACUAUUUUUUUAUUGCACCGCCUGUUUCAAAUUGGUAAGAUGACAAUAAUAAUAAUAAAGCCCAUUUAUUUCCAAACCCAACCUUAUAUACAUUUUUUUAUCUAUUCAUCCAAAACUAUGUGAUUGGAAUCCCAUGUAGGGUAAAGGCCUUCUAUAGUAGAACUUUUGUUUCCUAUUUUUUGGGUUCGUUUGUUAGAGUCUACCUUAUAUUUUGUUUUUCCAUCUGGUGAUAGCCAGGUCCAUUUAUGGUUUUUCUUUAAGUUUGUAGUAAGUUUCUUGUUGUUGUUUGAUGAGAAAGCCUACCGCGUACGAGCCAGGCGUUUCUCCUUUAUAACAGGAUGUAAUUAUCAUGUUCUUCAAUAUUGCAUCCCUUGGUAUAGCGGAAGUUCCUGACUUCCAAUUAUGUCUAUUUAUAUUUUUUGUAGUAAGUGUAUUAAUUCUAUGUAUCUUAUCUCUGACCCUAAUGAUCUUGUGUGUGUGUGUGUGACAUUAAAUGUACCUAUCAAU